AUGAGAAUAACACACGUCCGCUCACUUGCCAGCCAGUCAUCAACAGCGGCCAUUUGGCCGUCGUCGGCUGCACCCGGCGCAUCACGGAGCUGCUGUCGUAUGGCAGCCUCGUUCCCUCCGCGCACCACUUCGACAGCACUCACGAAGCGGCGCAUACUCGCCCACAACUACGCCACACAACACCAGAGCACCUCCUCAUCCUCUUCGUCGUCUUCAUCCUCGGCUUCGGCCCGCCGCCGCUCUGUCACGCCCUUCAACGAUGACGGCGGUGUUCCUUGGACGGAGCUUUCUGGCCGCGAGAAAACGGCCCGUGCCGCUCAGCAGACCUUUAACCUUGGCAUGGUGAUUGUGGGCGUUGUGUUAACAGGCGGCGUUUGCUACUUCUUGUACACCGAAGUGUUCUCACCGAGCAGCAAGGUGUCAAACUUCAACCGGGCGGUCGACCGGAUCCGAUCCGACCACCGGGUUACGGACCUGCUGGGCGACGGUCGCAAGAUUACAGCCCACGGCGAGGAGACGUCGAACAAAUGGCGGAGAGCACGGCCAAUUGCCUCCACUGAACGGACUGAUGCACAGGGCACUGAGCACUUUGUGAUGAACUUCCACCUCGACGGCCCUCGCGCAAACGGCCAAGCAUACCUGCACCUGACACGACGGCGUGGUCAGAGUGAUUUCUCGUAUAAGUACUUCUAUGUGGACGUGCCAGGGCAUGACCGGAUCUACCUGGAGAAGUCGGGCGGCGACGCUCCUGGAGACAAGAGAGGAACGCUCUUUGGUAUAAAAUGGUCAUGA